GGUGCGGACGUGAGAGAGAGAGAGAGAGAGAGAGAGAGCAGAAGUCACAGCGAGGGACGCCCGCCGCCACCAGUCAGUUGCCCGCAGACUCUCCUCAACUCCAGCAGCACCUCCGCCAGCACCUCCACCACCACCACUGCACCACCACAGCGCCUCCGCCCUCUUGUAUGUUUGCGGAGACAAGUUUCCGCGACACCACGUCUCCGCAUCGCCACCAACACCAGCACCACCGCCGCCACCAGAGCCUUCAACACCACCCCUGGCUCCCGUGGCUGACUGAAAACGGGAAGAUGGCAGCUAUACCCCAAACCAUGCAGAUGACCAAGGCGGUUCGUCAGCAGCGCAGUACUGGGAACACUGCAAAUGGGAACACCUACUUUGGUAUGGCAGAGGUGGACCAGCCCAUGCGCUACAACAGCAAGCUCAUGAACAGCAUCUGGGGCCGCUACAACGAACACUCAGUACAUAACUUCAAGUCACUGCAAUGUGGUGCUGUGCAGGGACCUGUCGUGGGGGGCGCCGCCGCCUACACUGCCGAGGCUGCUGGUCAGACUAUGAUGAUGCAGCCACCCUCACCAACACUUAAUGGCAGUGCUAUGCGGAGGCGAAUGAGGGAGCUGGGAGAGGCUGUGUCCAAGAACAUAAUGGACAACCUGAACCAGUACUAAGAGGCCUCAACAUCGCCCUCCCUCCACCAUCACCGAAACAACAUCUAUGAAGAACAACAACAUGAAGUGUGAUGAGUAAGACUUAAAAAGAUGAGUCAAACGUAAAAAAAUGAAAAGCGUAUAAUGUAUUUUUAGUCAGCAACUCUGAUCUGUAUCCAUUGGCAACUUUGUAGAUACACAAUAAUGAAAAUAAAUCUAGCAUUAUA